AUGUCGCCGAUGUUACUCGAAAACGACGUCGAAGUCGGAGAGAGUCUUCCGCCGUCAACCGAGCACGCAGUGAGUGUUUCGCUGCCAACAUGGCGGGCAAAUGUAGGUUAUGAGGAAGGUGAAGAAUGGGUUCUCAGCAAGAUGAAGACGGGGUAUCCGAGAUUCUUCAUUCACAAAAGCAUACAAGCAUUUGUGGCAGCAAUUGCCGAGAAACACGGACGUGAGAAUGAGAGUGCCAUGUUGUUUCCAACACAUUCCACUGCAUCGAGAUGCCAAGAGUUCAUUCUUCAGCAAGUGCCCGAUCUGGAUGCAUCGCAAGUCAGGAUUCUCGACUUCUUACCAACGGGCGAAAAGGCAAGAUCAAAAGAAUUCGACGUAAUCUCUCCUAGAGUAUCUGCCGUGCUUUUCCCAAAAGAUCGCUUCAGCACAGCAAAGGCUUUCUGGCAACAUUCUGGUGACGGUGUAUCAAGUCGGAGAGCAGAGUUCUGCGCCCAAUUGUUCAAAGAAGGUACCCUAGUAGAAGCUUCAACGCUCAACAAGCCACCGAGGGCACCCAAAGGUCCCCGGCGGUACCAAAAGAACACGUCAGUCGACCUCGCUCCUUCGGCUGAUUCUGCAAAUGGCAACGGAGAAGUGCAAGAUCCAACUCGGUUUGUAGAAGAGCGGUUCGGACGCAACCUGGACCUCUCCAAGACUAAGAAAGCCAAGCUGGCAGUUCGAAGACGUAUCGCGGGUUCCCUCACCGCAGAUGUUGAACUGGCUGAAGCGAUCAGCCUAGAUCAAGAUGCUGUAAGGACUAGACCAGUCGCAGGUUUUUCAGAAGACGACGUCUAUCUGUAUCCGACUGGAAUGAGUGCAAUCUUCAACUCUCAUCGAAACCUACUAAGGGCAAAAGGCUCCAGAAAAGCCAUUGUGUACGGAUUUCCUUACAUUGACACACUCAAGAUUACUGAAAAGUUCGGCCCUGGUUCUCAAUUUUACGGCUUUGGCUCCUCGGAAGAACUAGACGAUCUGGAACGGCGAUUGGAGGGCGGCGAGAGGUUUCUAGCUCUGUUCACAGAAUUUCCCGGAAAUCCACUUUUGACGUCGCCUGAUCUUGAGCGGAUACGCAAGUUGGCCGACAAGUAUGAUUUCUGCGUUGUUGUAGAUGAGACAAUUGGAAACUUCAUCAAUGUCAAUGUAUUGCAGUUUGCAGACGUUGUAGUCAGCAGUUUGACCAAAGUCUUUAGUGGGGACUGUAAUGUCAUGGGCGGAGGCCUUGUGCUCAACCCAAAGGCGAAAAACUACUCUCUCCUCAAACGCACCUGGGAAGAAGACUACGAAGACAAUCACUGGGCUGAAGACAGCAUUUUCCUCGAGCGCAACAGCCGAGAUUUCGUCUCGAGAAUCGACCGUAUCAACGCCAACGCAGAGGCAAUUUGCGAUGUGCUGAGCUCACAUCCGCGUGUUAAACAAGUAAACUAUCCCAAAACAUCGCCUUCGCGCCCCUACUACGAUAGAUGCCGGAAUCCCACUGGCGGCUACGGCGGUCUGCUCUCUGCAACAUUCCACAUCAGAGCCGACGCCAUUGCCUUUUUCGACAAUCUCGAUACUGUUAAAGGACCCAGCCUGGGCACAAAUUUUACGCUUAGCUCGCCAUAUGUGAUUCUUGCACAUUAUGGGGAGUUGGAUUGGUGUGCCAAAUGGGGUGUGGAAGCAGAUCUUAUUCGUUUCAGUGUGGGAUUGGAGGAAACGAGUAAGUUGGUGGAUACGUUCAAGAAGGCGCUGGCAGCUUUGCCGGCGCAGGCAGCUGGAGAGACGAAACAGUAA